GAGUAAUACGUGUGCACCAGUCAAUCCCUCACCACACGUGUCACUCUUUCAUUCCAUUUCUCAACGCCACGUGGCAGCUAACCACCGCCAAAACCGAAACAUAGAACUCAACAAUAAAACCAAACAAUUCGGCACAACACAAACAUUGUUACACUCAUCAUUCUUCUUUUCUUACCACAACACAAUCCUAAAAAUCCUCAAAGAAAAAACACCAAAAAACCAAAAACAUAGUUCAAUCUCAAACCAAAACAACGUCAAGAACAAAAACAAGACACAAUGAUGAACCUUUUAGCUUUGAGUUUGUUCAUAACUUCACUAACAACAGCAAGCAUUUUCUCUCCAAAUCCAAAACAACAACCAAACACAAUUGUCAAAGAAGGUCACAAAGUUGUUGUUGUUGAAUAUGAUCAAGAUGGUUACCAAAACACCAAAAUCUCAAUCUUACCUGAACAACAACAAACCCAUCAACAAGAUUACACCAACAUGGAUUCUGGUUUCAUAGAAAACACCAAAGACAGAAUCAAAGAAGCUGCUUCUGUUCUUCCAAACAUGGGUCAAGGAAUUUCACAAGAUGCAUCUUCAUCACAUUAUAAUCUUCAUACUCCUAAUGCCAAAAAUGCUAAAGAGCUUAUUUGUGAUGCAUAUGGUAAAUGCAAACAUGUGAUGGAGAAAGCAAAGGAUAAAGCCUCAGAAACAAUUGAUAAGAAGAGAGAUAUUUUGCAUUCAAACAAAGAAGCAGUGAAAGAAGUUGGUAACAAUGUUGUUGAUGCAGUUGAUAAUGCUAAAGAGAGAGUUUAUGAUAAAGCAAAUGAUGUUUAUGAUAAUGUUCAAGAAUACACAAAAGGGUCAUUAGAAAAAGGGAAAGAAAUGGGACAAACGUUUAAGGAACAUGUUGUUCACAACGUGACCGAGGCAAAAGACGGUGUGAAGAAGUUUAUGUCAUUAUCAAUGGAGAGAGUUGAAUCAAUGAUGAGUUUGUUGAAUUUGUUGGGAUUUUCAAGUGGUUAUGGAAUGAAUGUUUGGAUCACAUUUGUUUCUAGUUAUGUUUUGUCUAGGGUUAUGCCAAGACAACAAUUUGCUGUGGUCCAGAGUAAGAUUUAUCCUGUUUAUUUUAGGGCUAUGGGUUAUUGUUUAUUGGUUGCUUUGUUGGGUCAUGUUUUUGGACAUGGAAUGAGAAACAAUAAUGGUGGUGGUGUUAUGCAAUCUUGGAACCUUUUGGCUUCUCUUUUGACUGUUUUUGUUAACUCUGUUUACUUGGAGCCUAGGGCCACUAAGUUAAUGUUUGAAAGGAUGAAAAUAGAGAAAGAAGAAGGAAGAGGAAGAGAAGAUGUAACAACAACUACAGAACGUAGCAGAACAGAAGAGCAUCAAAAUUCACCUGAUCCUAAAAAAACAUCUACAACUACCACUGUUGCUGCAGAAGGAACCGAAUCUCAAACACAAAGGAAAGAGCAUGAUGAUGCUGUUAGAGCAAAGAUAAUGAAGCUUAAUAAUAAACUGAAAAAACUGAAUUCAUAUUCUUCUUUUCUGAAUAUCCUCAAUCUCAUGUCUCUUACUUGGCAUCUGGUUUAUUUGGCUCAAAAUGUUCAUCAGAGUUGCUAAUUAAUCAGAUUAAUUGUGUUUAAUGUUCAUUAAUUUGUACUUGUUUAAGUGUUGUGCUUGUAAUGAUAUGUGUUGAUACAUGCAGUGACUGUAGUAUUUAGAUUUGUAUCUUUCUGGUUUGUUUUAAGUUGGGACUCCAAAGGUUUAUGAUUAGACAUGUGUAGUGUAUAUUUUAGUUUGUAUUCAUUUUGUUUUUGAUGGUGAGGAACUUUUACUAUUGCUUUGCUUCAUGGUUAA